AUGGCGACCCUAUCCACCCUGGACAUCGAGAAGCUCUUCUCCGGUGCCCCGCAGUACUUUGCCCGGUCCGAGGGCCACUUCACCGGCGCACCACACCCCUCCGUCGCCUUCCCAUGGGACGAAGAGCUUGCCAUUCGUGAUCUGACCGACCACACCCAGAUCGAGGACGAGGCAUGGGGUUGCAUCACCGCCUGGCCGCACAUCACAAGGGAUGUGCGGCGUGGCCCCUCGGCAUCGGCCACCCGUCAGGUCGCCGAGAAGCGGAGGGCACACUUUUAUCCUCGGUGUAGGGAGCGGCCCAACAUGCUCAGCAUGCAGGGGCUCGAGAAGGGCACCAUGGGCUACCAGGCUGCCCUGGAGCUCGGCGUAGCGGACACGCUCCAGGAGGAGCAGUGGGGCUUUGGCAGCCUGGGCGCCAAGGACAGUGUCGUCGUCGAGACGAGAAAGAACCUGAUCGCAUCCAAGGUCGGGCUGAGGCGGCUGGAGGAGACGACAGUGCUGGACCACCUCAUCAAGAACGCCCAGCGGUACCACGAAAAACACCAAAAGGACAAGGCCUCGUGCCACGAGCUGUUCAACGAGCUGUUCACGCAGCUGUUGCACCCGCCGAGCAGGACGUUUACGGAUCCUUUUAGCCUAGCCGUGCAGAUCCAGGCCCUGCUGAAGGUCCUCGCGACGCCCAAUGUGUGGAUUGACUUUUCCCACGUCGAGUGGAGAAUCAGGCUCGGACAGAUACUAUGGGGCACCACCACCGGAGCUGACAACGGCGGGGAGGACAGCGUGAGUGACGGCAGCUCCAUCACGGACGCCGAUGACACGACGGGCCUGCACGAAGAGAGAUACUGGCUGCUCCUGCAGAUCCUCCUGGCAUGUGAGCUGCUCGUCCGGCUGGACAUCCUCACCGAAGGCGAUGAGCUACCCGACAGCGUCAGGCCCUCCGAGAUCCAGAAAUUAGAGAGGACCGCAAACGCCUCUGUGAAGUGGUCCUUGCACCUGGCGAGGGCUUGGCUGGACAACAUCGAAAUCACCAAGUCGAAGCAGCCUGCAGACGGCCAACAGGAGGAGCAGCCCAAGGGCUGGUUGGCGAAUCUAACACACAAGAUGGCACUGACAAGCGACCGACCACAUUCAAGACACCAUGAGAGGCACGCCGCCCACGAUCAGCACAAGCCGAAUGUCAUCUACGUCAUGAGAGGGAAGCAUUGGGAGAGGCAGGUGCGAGGACUGACGCAUUUCGCGAGGAGGCUCAAAUGGCCCGAGAUCGAUGCCCAGUCUGCGCUGAUUGCCAACAACUGCCGUGCCGUGACCGAGGGUACGCCCAUCAGCACGCCCCUGGAGACGCCACUGUCCACCACCACAGCCAGGUCCAAGAACUCGUCCUAUUUUGCUUUCCAGAAGGACAGUUCUGUGGGCAGGAGACAGGAGAGGCGGCAGAAGGUGGGCGCUGCACUGCACCCUGCCGGCUGGCUGUCCAAGAGCUAUGUGUCAGGCCUGAUGCUGCCAGGCGAGGGGCUCUACCACUGCAUCAUGUCGACGCUGCUCGAGAACGAUGUUGUGGCCAUGUCGAAACUCGGGCCGAUGGCGAACCUGUGUGGUGGCUUCGUGUACAAUGGUAAGAGCUUUUGGAGCACCGCGUGCGUCGUGGGCCGGGUCCUGGCCGCCGGCAAGGGAGCCGUCGAGUGCAUGGGCUGGAUCUCCUGCGACAUCAUUCCUCGCGGACUAGGCAACGGGUGGGUGGACAUCGAUGUGGAGACGAUCGCCGAGGAUGUCAAGCGGACGGGCAAACAGGCCAGGCUCUGGGGCAAGCUCGCCGUGGAGCGCGAGUCCUCCAUCCUGGGCGGCUCGGAUCCAGAUGCCAUCUUCCCUGCCGACUUUAUCAUCCCGUACGAGAACCACUACAAGACCCCACCGCCCACCAUCAGCGUUGAGCUGUCAUCGCUCAACCUGACCGAUCCCCUCGACUCCGUCACCACGACGCCCACCCUCGAGGUUGUGACCCCGUAUUCGGAGCCGAGCACGACCCCCGAGCUCAGGACCUUCACGCCCUCCAUCACCUUCAAUGUGACGACGUGGGAGGAUGACGAGGACCGUGAAUACACGCUUCCUGUGGCCAAGGAUGUGAACUUUGUAACGGCCCAUCCGUGUGUGCCUUCGCAUCAUGUUCGGAUCUUGAAGUCACCUUCGAGCCCCACGAUCCAACAGAUUGACCUUUCUGGCCACCCUGUCGCUGGCCACGGCAGGUCGAACGGCCACCCUCUUCACAAGUUCUACACGUAUACCCCGAUCCACCUGUCUGCGCUCCUCGGCAGACCAGACUGGACCCUGGAGCAGCUCCUUCAAGACGCCCCAAGCGACACCUCUCCUAGCGUCACCCCGUCCCUGAACAGCGCACCCACGCCCCGCGUCCUAGUCAUCGACGCCAUCACAAACUUCCUGCCGCAGCCCGAGGCACACGAGAUCCCCCUGUCGCCCGUGACAAGCCGCGGCAGCACAGGCCUGAGCGAUGCCUCCAUCUCGAGCCGACACUCGUCGCUGAGCGGUCUGGCCUCGCCGGAUGUGGACGGCGGGUUCCCCCGGCUCCAGAGGACGGACACGGAGAAGAACGGCGGGGCGGCGGAGCAGCAGAUGCACUCCGAGUCGAGGAGACGACAGUUUGGAAGCGACAUGGAGAUCCUGGUCAGGGCGAUCUGCGCCGAGCGGGGCUGGAACGCGGUCAUCUCGAGACGAAGGCGAGGGUGUCUCGCCUGUGCUAUCCGCGAGGCGGGCGCGGUCGGCUGGCGGGUUGUCGUCCGGGUUGACUGA